GUAGGCGAAGAAAAAACUUAACACGAAAAAGAAAGGGAAUAGUUGAUGAGAGUGAGAACGAGAUCUGUUUGUUUCGAAAAUGGAAAACAAAUUUGAAGAGUGUGAAGUUUGAAGUGAAUGUGCAAGUCAUAGAUCUCUUAUCUUCUUCCCUCGUGAUAUCUAACAGUAAAAUGGAGUAUAGGAAAAUCAAAGACGAGGAUAUAGAUAUAGAUAGGGAUGUGGAGGUUGAGGAUGUUGAAAAAUCAUUUUUGCUUUCAGUUCCUUCCGCCUCUGGAGAACCCAAAAUUGACACUCACAAGACCAAAGCACAGUGGAAGCGCAAGUCACUUGUUACAUUUGCAUUGACUAUUCUUACUAGCUCCCAAGCCAUUCUAAUUGUUUGGUCCAAAAGAGCUGGCAAAUAUGAGUAUAGUGUUACUACUGCUAAUUUUUUGGUAGAGACUUUAAAAUGUGCUAUAUCCCUCAUCGCCUUGGGAAGAACAUGGAGAACAGAGGGCGUCACCGACGACAACAGGUUGACUACAACAUUUGACGAAGUUAGUGUGUAUCCUAUCCCAGCAGCACUUUACCUUGUCAAAAAUUUGCUUCAGUAUUACAUAUUUGCAUAUGUAGAUGCUCCAGGCUAUCAGAUAUUAAAGAACUUUAAUAUUAUCAGUACAGGCGUGCUCUACAGAAUUAUACUUAAGAGAAGGUUGAGUGAGAUUCAAUGGGCGGCUUUUGUUCUACUAACUGCUGGGUGCACUACAGCUCAGUUGAACUCAAAUUCCGAUCAUGUUCUUCAAACUCCCGUUCAAGGUUGGGUGAUGGCAAUCGUCAUGGCUCUCUUGAGUGGUUUUGCAGGGGUGUAUACUGAGGCUAUUAUCAAAAAGCGUCCUUCUCGGAACAUAAAUGUUCAAAACUUCUGGUUGUAUAUCUUUGGCAUGGGCUUCAAUGCUAUUGCAAUAUUGGUUCAAGAUUUUGAUGCAGUGGUUAACAAGGGAUUCUUUCAUGGAUAUUCGUUCAUUACCUUUCUCAUGAUUAUCAACCAUGCACUCAGUGGAAUUGCUGUAUCCAUGGUAAUGAAAUAUGCUGACAACAUUGUGAAGGUGUAUUCUACUUCAGUGGCAAUGCUUCUUACAGCAGUUGUUUCUGUAUUUCUUUUUGGCUUCCAUCUCUCACUAGCAUUCUUCCUUGGAACAAUUGUUGUCUCUGUUUCAAUAUAUCUGCACUCUGCUGGGAAGAUCCAAAGAUGACUAUGACUUCUGGCUGGCCAAUAGGAUAUUUUAAAUUUCUUAUUUGUUGUUGAUGAGCCUCAUUUCAAAUGUUAUUUUGAAACAAUGUAUACUUUGAAAACCAUUUUGGGUGUUUCUCAAGAAAGAUGGAAACGGGUUCUUGAAAUGUGAUAUGUAAGUUCUUCUAUCAGAGCUUAAAAUGAAAUAACCUUCCUCCCCCCUCCCAUAUUUUUUGUUAAAAAGUUUUAAGCAAUAUGCUAGUGUGUAAUCCGUAUAUAUAUCAUGUGAUUUUGUGGCGA